CUCGCCUUGCCCUCCGUCGGGGCCAGGCGUGAGAGCACGGCCUCCUCCUCCUCCUCUUCCUUGUCCUCGUCCUCCCCGCCCCCUGGCGCCCCACUCGGCUGCCGCCGCCCCCCGGAGGAGCCCCCGGGGCACCAUGCAGGCGCUGCAGCUGCAGUACGAGUUCUUCAGCGAGGAGAACGCGCCCAAGUGGAGGGGGCUGCUGGUGACGGCCUUGAAAAAGGUCCAGAUGCAAGUCCAUCCUACACUUGCAUCAAAUGAGGAUGCUCUCCAGUAUGUUGAAGAGUUAAUUCUACAGCUGUUAAGUAUGCUGUGCCAAGCUCAACCCCGAAGUGUUUUAGAUGUUGAGGAUCGUGUACAAAAAAGCUUUCCUCAUCCAAUUGAUAAGUGGGCAAUAGCUGAUGCUCAGUCUGCUAAUGAAAAGAGGAAGCGAAGAAAUCCAUUGUCUCUCCCAGUAGAAAAAAUUCACCCUUUGUUAAAGGAAGUUCUAGGGUAUAAAAUUGACCACCAGGUUUCUGUUUACAUAGUAGCAGUAUUAGAAUACAUUUCUGCAGAUAUUUUAAAGCUGGUUGGAAAUUACGUGAGGAAUAUACGACAUUAUGAAAUUACAAAACAGGACAUUAAAGUAGCAAUGUGUGCUGAUAAGGUAUUGAUGGAUAUGUUCCAUCAAGAUGUAGAAGAUAUAAAUAUAUUAUCUUUAACUGAUGAAGAACCUUCCACUUCAGGGGAACAAACAUACUAUGACCUGGUAAAGGCAUUUAUGGCUGAAGUUCGACAAUACAUAAGGGAACUUAAUCUCAUUAUUAAAGUUUUUAGAGAGCCAUUUGUCUCCAAUUCAAAAUUAUUUUCUUCUCACGAUGUAGAAAAUAUAUUUAGUCGUAUAGCAGAUGUUCAUGAACUCAGUGUGAAAUUAUUGGGUCAUAUAGAAGACACUGUAGAAAUGACAGAUGAAGGCAGUCCCCAUCCAUUAGUUGGUAGCUGCUUUGAAGACUUAGCAGAGGAAUUGGCAUUUGAUCCGUAUGAAUCAUAUGCUCAAGACAUAUUGCGGCCUGGUUUUCACGACCACUUUCUUAGUCAGUUAUCUAAGCCCGGGGCAGCCCUCUAUUUGCAGUCAAUAGGUGAAGGUUUCAAAGAAGCCGUUCAGUAUGUUUUACCCAGGCUACUUCUAGCUCCAGUGUAUCACUGUCUACAUUACUUUGAACUUUUAAAGCAGUUAGAAGAAAAGAGUGAAGACCAAGAAGACAAAGAAUGUUUGAAACAAGCAAUAACGGCUUUGCUUAACCUUCAGAGCAGUAUGGAAAGAAUAUGUUCCAAGAGUCUUGCAAAGCGGAGACUGAGUGAAUCUGCAUGUCGAUUUUAUAGCCAACAGAUGAAGGGGAAACAACUAGCAAUAAAGAAAAUGAAUGAGAUUCAGAAGAACAUCGAUGGCUGGGAGGGAAAAGACAUUGGACAGUGUUGCAAUGAGUUUAUCAUGGAAGGAACCCUCACACGUGUAGGUGCCAAACAUGAGAGACACAUAUUUCUCUUUGAUGGCCUAAUGAUUUGCUGUAAAUCAAAUCAUGGUCAGCCAAGACUUCCUGGUGCUAGCAAUGCUGAGUAUCGUCUCAAAGAGAAGUUUUUUAUGCGCAAGGUACAAAUCAAUGAUAAAGAUGACACUAACGAAUACAAACAUGCCUUUGAAAUAAUCUUAAAAGAUGAAAAUAGUGUUAUAUUUUCUGCCAAGUCAGCUGAGGAGAAAAACAACUGGAUGGCAGCACUGAUAUCAUUACAGUAUCGCAGUACCCUGGAAAGGAUGCUGGAUGUAACGAUGUUGCAGGAGGAGAAGGAGGAGCAGAUGAGGCUUCCGAGUUCUGAUUUGUAUAGAUUUGCAGAACCAGACUCUGAAGAAAACAUUGUGUUUGAAGAAAACAUGCAACCCAAGUCUGGAAUUCCAAUCAUCAAAGCCGGAACCGUUAUCAAACUUAUAGAGCGCCUCACCUACCAUAUGUAUGCUGAUCCCAAUUUUGUUCGGACAUUUCUUACAACAUAUAGAUCUUUCUGCAAGCCUCAAGAGCUACUGAGUCUUCUAAUAGAGAGGUUUGAAAUUCCAGAGCCUGAGCCAACAGAAGCUGAUAGAAUAGCUAUGGAGAAUGGAGAUCAACCCCUGAGUGUAGAACUAAAACGAUUUAGAAAAGAAUAUAUACAACCUGUACAACUUCGAGUAUUAAAUGUAUGUCGGCAUUGGGUAGAACACCACUUCUAUGAUUUUGAAAGAGAUCCAGAUCUUUUGCAACGACUGGAAGAAUUUAUUGGAACAGUGAGGGGUAAAGCAAUGAAAAAAUGGGUUGAAUCUAUCACUAAAAUCAUCCAGCGGAAAAAAAUGGCAAGAGACAAUGGACCAGGACAUAAUAUUACAUUUGAAAGUUCACCUCCUGCAGUUGAGUGGCAUAUAAGCAGGCCUGGACACACAGAGACUUUUGACCUACUCACCUUGCACCCAAUAGAAAUUGCUCGACAGCUCACUUUACUUGAAUCAGAUCUCUACCGAGCUGUACAGCCAUCAGAAUUAGUUGGAAGUGUGUGGACAAAAGAAGACAAAGAAAUUAAUUCUCCUAACCUUCUGAAAAUGAUCCGCCACACAACUAAUCUUACUUUGUGGUUUGAAAAGUGUAUUGUAGAAGCAGAAAACCUAGAAGAAAGAGUAGCUGUGGUGAGUCGAAUAAUUGAGAUUCUUCAAGUCUUUCAAGAACUGAACAACUUUAAUGGUGUACUUGAGGUUGUCAGUGCCAUGAAUUCAUCACCUGUUUAUAGACUGGACCACACAUUUGAGCAAAUUCCAAGUCGCCAAAAGAAAAUUUUAGAGGAAGCUCAUGAACUGAGUGAAGAUCACUAAAAAUACUUGGCAAAACUCAGGUCUAAUACACCAUGUGUGCCUUUCUUUGGGAUUUAUUUGACAAAUAUCUUGAAAACAGAAGAGGGCAAUCCUGAGGUUUUGAAAAGACAUGGAAAAGAACUAUAUAACUUUAGCAAAAGGAGAAAAGUGGCAGAAAUAAGAGAAAUACAGCAGUACCAAAAUCAGCCAUAUUGUUUGCGAGUAGAAUCUGAUAUCAAAAGAUUCUUUGAAAAUUUGAAUCCAAUGGGAAAUAGCAUGGAAAAAGAAUUCACAGAUUAUCUUUUCAACAAAUCACUGGAAAUUGAACCAAGAAACCCUAAGCCUCUACCAAGAUUUGCUAGUCAUUAUCUCUAUAAUUCAACCUUUCUACCCUUCAUCUCUGAUCUGUCAUUAUCAAUCCAAUCCAAAAAAUAUAAUUAUCCCCUCAUGUCUCCUGGUGUUCGUCUCAAUCCAAGACCAGGUACAAUGAGACACCCCACACCACUGCAACAGGAGCCAAGGAAGAUUAGUUACAGUCGGAUCCCUGGUGAAACAGAGAGUACAGCAUCUGCACCUAAUUCUCCACGAACAUUAACGCCUCCCCUGCCUCUGGUGCUUCCCAGUACCACCGACGUGUGCAGUGUAUUUGAUUCUGAUCACUCAAGCCCUUUUCACUCAAGCAGCGAUACCAUCUUUAUCCAAGUUACACUGCCCCAUGGCCCAAGAUCUGCUUCAGUAUCCUCGAUAAAUUUAACCAAGAGCACUGAUGAAAUGCCCAUCCCCCCACCUGUGCCCCCAAGAAGACGACCAGAAUCUGCUCCAGCAGAAUCUUCUCCCUCUAAGAUUAUGUCCAAACAUUUGGAUAGUCCUCCAGCAAUUCCUCCUCGGCAACCCACGUCAAAAGUCUAUUCACCACGUUACUCCGACCGGACCUCGAUAUCAGACCCUCCAGAAAGCCCUCCCCUUUUACCACCACGAGAACCUGUGAGGACACCUGAUGUUUUCUCCAGCUCACCACUACAUCUCCAGCCACCCCCUUUGGGCAAAAAAAGUGAACAUGGCAAUACUUUCUUCCCAAACAGCCCCUCCCCUUUUACACCACCCCCUCCUCAAACACCUUCUCCUCAUGGCACAAGGAGGCAUCUGCCAUCACCACCAUUAACACAACAAGACGUGGACCUUCAUUCCAUCCCUGGGCCACCUGUUCCUCCACGACAAAGCACUUCUCAACACAUCCCAAAACUUCCUCCAAAAACGUACAAAAGGGAGCACACACACCCAUCCAUGCAUAGAGAUGGACCACCUUUGCUGGAGAAUGCCCAUUCCUCCUGAGUUCUCUUGUGCUGGGAUAAACAUUUUCCUGGCUCAAAGUCCAUUGCUGGCGAUGGAUGCACUGAACCUGCCAGCACUGAGGAGUUUAAACAUGUACUCCAAACACUAAAUACUCUACUUUAAAAUGCAGUAUCCAGUGAAUCGUAAGCCUGAUAUGUAGUAUAAAAAGAAUUGGAUUUUCCUGUUUGGAAUGCAGAAAAACUGGUGUGGAGUAAUUGGACAACUGAUUGCACCUAGAAAUGGGAUAAAGGGACUUUUCUAGCCAAUAGGCAGGAGUUGUGUUCGUGUAUUGGUCUUUAUCAACAAAAGGAUAGAAAGUGUAGUCUGGUGUCCAGCAGGCCCAUAGGGUAACAGUUUUUGUAACUCAAACAUUAUGCACUUUUUUUAAAAAUCUUAAACAGGGAUCUUUUUAUCCUUCUUCAUUUCCCUUUGCUUUAUUCUCCCUAUUUUAGAAUACGUUCUUGAAAACCAUUAAGAGGACUGUGAGGAAGAUCUGUGGUACCUAACCUUGUUUAGAACCAAGGCAGAGCACUGUACUGCAGUCCUGUUUACAGAUUCUAAGGGAGAGUCAGUAACUAAGGUGAAUUUAUGUUUUCCACUCAUAUAUGUGUCCUUUAUGCACUCACUGAAGCAUAGCUGAACAAAGAGUCCGACCAUCUUCAGAAUAGCAACACUACCCCAAUAUGCACUCAUACCCAGUCCUAUUGCACUGCAAUUCAGUAGCAGAAUGUUGCUCACUUUUUACUGUCAACAAAAGUGAAAGCAAGUAAAGUGUACUGUAGACCAUAUGGGCAGAGUUUUGUCUUUUUUAGAAAGCAUGCAAUUAAUGGGAGACUUUUCCAAACUGUGAGUAUAGGAUUGCAUCCCCAAGAGCAGAAAAGCAAAAAAGCAGGUAAUAGGAGCAGCUAAAUCUCCACUGACAGAAGAAUUUUAAGCCUGUACAUUUUCUGAAGAGGUGGAGAUAGAGUACCAGGGCAGGUGCUUUCUGCUGUGAACUUCAUGGUGCUAUGAAGUCAGCAGUUUGGGCUCAAAAGCCUGGUUCUUUAACAAGCAUUUUUCAGCAACAAGAUGAUAACUAGCCCACAUGUCACCAAAGCAACAUUAGAAUGCAGCUGGGAAUGGAAAUAGGAGCCAUAUCUGACAUCCAGACCUGUUUUUGUACUUUCUGGUUUAUAUUUUUCACUUUGGGGCCACUUAAAAGUGCAGUAAUUGGGGAGGUCACAUGUUCAGUGAUGUUAUAGAUGGUCACAACAAAGUCUGUCAUUGGCUGUACUCCUUACCAAACACCACCUUCUGGUAGAAUAAAAGUUGGCAGGCAUUGGAAUAAAUAUGAGGUGAUUUAUACUAUAAAAGCAUGUGUUUGUGUUUCUAGAACAAACUGUUGUUAUGCUUAAAUCACCCUAUUUAUUGACUCUCCCUCAUACAGUGAUUAGCAUGGGUACCUGGGCUUCACCAAAGAGGUACUUUUUUUUCUCUUUUAAAGAAUAAUGAUAGUGCCAGUCCACAAAGGAUUUUUUUUUGGUUAUUUUAUUUUGGUUUUGGUUUUUGUUGUGUUGUUUUUGUUGGGCUUUUUGUUUGUUGUUUUGUUUUAUUUUGCCAGAAAGCAUAAUAGGGUAUUAAUUGCCUUCUUCACAUGAGGAACAAUGAAAGUCUUAUGUCAUUAAAUGACAGUAGAAAUGGAAAAAAAAAUAAUGCUAUUGUCAAUUAAAGAUACUACUUACUUUUAGGAGACUCUUAAUUUACGCUAGUUUGUCACCUUCCCUGGGGGGGGGGGGCCGUCUCUUUUCUCUCUUCUCUCCUCUUUCCACCCCACCCCCCCAAGUUUUAGUGAUAAUCCAUUUCAUGGCUCAUGGCUGUACUGCUCUUAAUGAAGCCAUGGAAAUAUAGGCACUCAAUGUGAAAAAGGAACAUUUCUGGGCAUCAGUGACAAGUGUCAUGUUUGAUUAACAGCUGAGUAAUCGGCAUAUCGAAAUUACCUUGCAGUUGCUUCAAUCAUAUGUAUAUAGUGAAUGUUACAUAAAUAUACUUGGCAGGUUCAUUUUAAUUUAAUGGAAAUAAAGAUGCACAUAUUUCA